AUGACCCAAGGGAGGGGGAGAGUUAAAGGGUUAACUGAUAUAUUAUCUAAAUUUGUCAUAACAAAGGCCGGUCGUGAUUGCUCAGCAGCAACAGCAGUGAAAUUUCUUAUAAAUGAUGUUAUAUUAAAAUAUGGAACUCCAAUAUGUAUUUUAACCGAUAAUGGUACUCAUUUUACCUCUCAACUUAUGAAUCAAUUAUUUCAAAAUCUUGGUGUUACUCAUUUAUAUUCAACCGUAUAUCAUCCACAAACAAACGGACAAAUUGAACGAUUUAAAGCAACUACGGAUGGGAAAAUUGCAGCUCUAUGUAACGAACCUCGUACAAAUUGGGAUGAUCUAUUACAAUACGUUACAUUCAAUUAUAAUACAUCCAUACAUACAACAACAAAACAAACACCAUUUGAGAUGAUGCAUGGACGACAAGCUACUCUUCCAUUCGAUCAACAAAAGGAAAUUAUUUCGCUCACACAAGAUCCACAACAUGGUAAAAAAAUUAGAAUUUAUCUUGAAAAAUUAGUAAAUGAAGCUCGAAAUAAUAUUAUAAAAAAUCAACAGCAAUACAAGACUCGAUAUGAUGGUCCAUUUAAAAUUAUUAAACAAUUAGGAAUUAGAAAAUUUAUUGUUCAACAUGUAAAAAAAUUAACAUUAACAAAACAAGUGACAAUGGAUGUCAUCGUUCCAUUAGUUGAACGAUGGAAUUCAAUUCAAUAA